CGGCGGCGGCGGCGGGGCUCCCCGGGCCGCGGUGCCGCCGGGAGGCCGGAACCCUCGGCGCGGGGCCGGUUUCCGUGCGGGCGGUGUCGCGGCGGCAGGGCCCCGCCAUGGCGGCGGAGGGAGAGGACCCGCUGGCCUAUUUCGCGGCCUAUGGCAGCUCCAGCUCCGACUCGGAGCCCGACGAGCCCCAGCCCGACGAGCGGGGGGCCGGGGGCGGCGCGGCGGCGGGGGGCAGCCCGGGGCGGCGGCCGAGGCUGCCGCCGCCCGACGAGCUCUUCCGAAGGGUGUCGCAGCCGCCCGCCUUCCUCUACAACCCGCUCAACAAGCAGAUCGACUGGGAGAGCCGCGUCCUGCGGGCGCCCGAGGAGCCCCCCAAGGAGUUCAAGGUGUGGAAGAGCAACGCCGUGCCCCCGCCCGAGAGCUACAGCCCGCCCGAGAAGAAGCCCCCGCCGACCCCUGCCCUCGACAUGGCCAUAAAGUGGUCCAACAUCUACGAGGACAACGGGGAGGACGCGCCCCGGCAGGCCGGCAAGGCCCGGUUCCUGCCGGACGAGGAGCAGGAAGCCCUGGCGUCGGAUGGUGAAAAAGAUGAUGAACCAGCCUCUGCUAAGAAACGUAAACUGGACGCUGGGGAGCAGACAAAGAAGAAGAAGUUAUAAGCACGGCGUGCUGGAUUUAGCCAUAAUGAGAAUUUCAAUGAACUUGCAUUUCUCUGCUGGAAUGGGAAACAAAUACAUGUUUACUGAAUUUCUCUCUCCUGUCGGGUAGGGAAUUUUAUUUCUGUAGUAUGCUUGCCUUUUGGAAAGCACAAAAUUAAAUGGACAGUGUUGUGAUAGGAACUCGUCUACUGAACAAAAUUUAAACCUGUUUCUUUAAAAGGGGGAUUUAGAAGAGGGAUCCACUGUGAUGGAUACUCGUGCUGAUGCAGGUGCAGGUUACAGGGCUUCGUGGUAUUUUGUUUAUCAAGAAACCUGGUAACGUUGACUUUUCCAUUGUGUCAAAACCUUUUAUAAAGGAGUAUAUACUAAAGAUUCUUUAAGUACUGCCCUGUGAUAUGUUUGCAUAAUGUUGUUUUGAUGUAUGUAUGUACAGACUGCAAAUAUGUCACUGGAAUAAAACUACAUUUGAAAACGUG